AUGGAGCCCAUGGAUUUGGAUCUGGCAGUGCCUUCAUUUUCAUCUGCUAAGCUUUUUGGGCUUAAGGAGUUGGUAGGUCACGAUGAUGUCACUUCCAUUGCCGUAUCUGAUUUCUCGUCCGAUUUCACACGUUGUAUAGCAGUUCUAUGUCAGGAGUUGAGGGCUCUGUACGAUCUUCAGGAAGCCGUUCCACAGAUUGGUGAAUCCGAAGAUAAUCUGGGGUUCCUUCUUGAGCUCAGCUCAUUUCUGGCAGAACUAGAAUGUCCGCACGAAGAGAUUACAUGCGGAUCUCUCGAGGAUAGAUUAAGUACUCCGGAAAAGAGGAAGCUUCUUGUUAAUUAUCUUCUAUGCGAGAUCAAAGCCGCUCGUCUCUUUGCUAAGGAUGUCUUGUCUCAGCCAUUCACUGAAGGAGGCGACAAGGAGCUCACACCCUAUCUUUCCUCUGCUCUUAAUUCGGCAAAUGUUCCUAAACCGAGCGGUAGCAUAUCGCCGAUGGAAAUUAUUACUAUGCUUCAUAAAGCGGCUGAUGCGCGACUACAAGCUUGCAUGGAGCGUCCGAGACCGUUGUAUACUGCAAAAUUAGAUUUGAGGCAAUGGAAAAUGGUGGAUAAGGUUGUCGAUGAAAUUGCUCAAAACUGUCGAUCACGAUCCCUUCUUCUUUUGAAAAGAAUAGAUGUCACCGUGAACUCGUUUUUGUGGUGCGACAGAAUAAAAUCGCGUGAGGCAGAAAUUAGGGAGCUUUUCGCAAAGCGACGUGCAGCAAUGUCUCACGUAACGCCACCCGAUGUGGCUUGUUUGCUCGCCGCAAGCCAUGAUCUGUUAAGAGUCGAACAAGCCAGUAGCGCUAGACUCAGGAAGAAUACACGUUCUAAGGUGCACCCUCUUGCAUUGGCUGCAAGACCCACAGAUCGAGGUGGACGCACCAAUGAGAUGAUAGGAGAUAUCGCACGAGAGCAAGCGUCUGCUCAACGAGGUCGUGGCCGAGGUGGUGGUGGGUUCAGAGGACAACCUGCACCGCAGCAAUCCCAUCAACAAUAUGGGAUGCCCAGAGAUCAACAUUAUGGUGGUUCCAGAGAUCAGUAUAGCGGUUUUCAAGAUCAAUAUAGUGGUUCUCGAGAUCAAUUCGGUGGUCAACGAGAUCAAUACGGAAUGUCACGCGAACAAAUGACCCAAAGAGAGUAUCGUGGAUCCGGAUAUUACGAUAACUCUAGAGACCGAGGAAGAGGAUAUGGUGGUCCUCCACGGGGUGGUCGAGGUGCUCAGGGAGGAUUCGGAGGUGGUGGUCGUGGAGGAUAUUAUGGUCAUGACAAUCGAUACUGA